CCCAGCCCCGCUCCCAGCCUCCCGGCUGAACUUCCGCCUCUCCCCCAGUCGUGGUGCUGUGCAUGCACUCGGCGCUCCUGGGCGGUUCUGAGCAGACGGCGCUAAUGAGCCGGGCGUGGGCCGGGGGCCUGGCGGACGGCAGGCUGGUCUUCCUGCGCUACGACACGCUGCUCUUCGCCUUGCCCUUCCGCAACCGCUCCUACCCGGCCCUGGGCGACGGCGGGGCCCUGCGGGAGGCCUACGAUACGGUGCUGACCGUCAGCCUGGAGUCCGGCGUGGCAGACAAGGCCUUCGAAGCGGCCGGUGCAGGCGGAGGGGCUGCGCGCCUGGACCCAGAGCAGGUGUCCCCGCUCUUUGGAACCAUCUACGAUGCCGUUGUCCUGCUGGCACACGCCCUGAACCGCUCUGAGAGCUGUGGGCCAGGACUCUCAGGAGCCCCCUUAGGGGGCCACACAGCGUCUCUGGAUGUGGCUGGUUUUAGCCAGAGGAUCAGAUCAGAUGAGAAGGGCAGGAGGCUGGCUCAGUACGUCGUGUUGGACACAGAUGGUCGGGGAAGCCAGCUGGUCCCCACUCACAUCCUGGACACAGGCACGUGGCAGGUGCAGUCCCUGGGCAGGGCCAUACACUUUCCAGGAGGUGUCCCUCCGGCACGUGACUCCAGCUGCUGGUAUGAUCCCAACACACUAUGCAUGAGAGGUGAGCAGCCCCCCGGCGGCCUCCUCGCUCCGGCCCUGGCCUGUGUCCUGCUGCUGGCCGGCGCGGCCCUCGCUGGCCUCACCAGGUUGGGCAUCCAGCAGCUGCAGCUGGUGCGGGGCCCCCACCGGAUCCUGCUGACAGCCCAGGAGCUCACCUUCAUCCACCGGCCCCCGAGCAGACGGAGGCUACACGGGGACAAUGCCAGUGAGUCAAGAAGCGUGGCGGAUGGUGGGGCCCUGACAUCAGCAGCCCAGGGGUCGGCAAGGAGCCUGCCAGCCCCCCUGGAGCCCACCAGCGUGGCUCUGUUCCAGGGGGAGUGGGUGUGGCUGAAGAAGUUUGAAGCUGGAACAGCCCCUGAGCUGCGGCCGAGCUGCCUCAGCCUCCUGAGAAAGAUGCGGGAGCUGUGGCAUGAGAACGUUACCACCUUCCUGGGCUUCUUCGUGGCCUCUGGGGUCAGUGCUCUGGUGUUGGAGUACUGUGCCCGGGGCAGCCUGGAGGAUCUGCUGAGGAAUGAGGCUCUGCGGCUGGACUGGACCUUCAAGGCCUCCCUGCUGCUGGAUUUGAUCCGUGGGGUGCGGUACCUGCACCAGCGGCAUUUCCCGCACGGCCGCCUCAAGUCCCGAAACUGCGUGGUGGACGGACGCUUUGUGCUAAAGGUCACUGACCACGGUUACGCGGCGCUGCUGGACACUCAGUGGGCUCCCCGCCCCCGGCCAGCCCCUGAAGAGCUGCUGUGGACGGCUCCGGAGCUGCUGCGGGGGCCCGGGCCCGGGCAGGGCACCCUCAAAGGGGACUCGUUCAGCAUCGGCAUCAUCCUGCAGGAGGUGCUGACUCGGGGCCCGCCCUACGGCUCCUCGGGGCUCUCAGCCGGAGAAAUCAUGGGAAAGGUGGUGUCGCCCCCUCCCCUGUGCCGACCACGGGUGUCUGCUGACCACGGGCCCCCCGAGUGCAUCCAGCUGAUGGAGCAGUGCUGGGAGGAGGCUCCGGAGUACAGACCCACCCUGGACCAGGUCUACACCCAGUUCAAAGGCAUCAACCAAGGCAAGAAGACCAGCGUUGCUGACUCUAUGCUGCGGAUGCUGGAGAAAUAUUCCCAGAACCUGGAAGACCUGAUCCAGGAGCGGACUGAGGAGCUGGAGCUGGAGAGACAGAAGACGGAAAGGUUGCUCUCUCAGAUGCUCCCACUGUCUGUGGCUGAAGCUCUGAAAAAGGGGGCGCCUGUGGAGCCGGAGUACUUUGACCAGGUCACCAUAUACUUCAGUGACGUUGUGGGUUUUACCAUCAUCUCAGCCCUGAGUGAGCCCAUCGAGGUGGUGGGCUUGCUCAACGACCUCUACACGCUCUUUGAUGCUGUUCUGAGCGGCCACGACAUGUACAAGGUGGAGACCAUCGGGGAUGCCUACAUGGUGGCAUCGGGGCUGCCCCGGCGCAACGGGAGCUGGCACGCCACUGAGAUCGCCAACAUGGCCCUGGACAUGCUCGGCUCCGUGGGCGACUUCCGCAUGAGGCACACGCCCACUGUGCCCAUUCACAUCAGGACCGGCCUGCACUCAGGGCCCUGCGUGGCAGGGGUCGUGGGUCUCACCAUGCCUCGGUACUGCCUCUUUGGGGACACUGUCAACACCGCAUCUCGGAUGGAGUCUACAGGGCUGCCGUAUAGAAUUCACGUCAGCAGAAGCACCGUCCAGACACUCAGCCUGGAUGAAGGCUAUAAAAUUGACAUUCGAGGCCAGACUGAGCUGAAGGGGAAGGGCUUCGAGGAGACCUACUGGCUGGUGGGAAAGGCGGGCUUCCUCAGGUCCCUCCCCACACCUCUGGACAGCAAACCCGGAGACCCCUGGCAGGACCUCAUAAACCAACAAUCAAGGUGGCCUUUGCCGAAGCCCGCAGGAGCACCGCCAGCUUGGGGAGAGCCUCCGCCAGGCCCCGGGGAGAAGGACAGAGAGGGGCAGGGGCCAGUGGCAUCCCCAGAGACGCAACGCCCCCAGGCCCUCUCCCUGCUCCACUCCCCACAAAGAACUCUCCUGCUGAGCUCCCUGGCAGCCCCCCAGGGGCUCAUUAACACGAGCCUUAGAGCGAUAGGAAUUGAUGUCUUCUUGUGUGAAUUCUACAGGUCAACUUGCCUCUUGUCACAAAAACAAUAAAAACAGAAAUUAGCCCCUUC